AUGGGUGUUGGCAUAUUUAUGAGAAACUAUUUUAAAUUCAAGCCACAUAGUGAAUGGGAUUUCAAAUCUUUCUGUUCUUUUAUGAAAAUACUUGGAUAUGAUGAUUAUAGUGAAAUAAAUAUUCAUUAUAAAAGACAAAUAGGAAAUAUUAUAAAAGAUGAAAAUGAAAGUGACGCCAACAAAAGUGCUGCACAAGAAUUUAAAAAAGUUAAAGCACUAUCAAAAAUUGAUUCAAAUGCUUUUUUAAAUAGCCAUGGAAAGUCAAAAGAUGGUAAAAAAAUAUUAGAAAGACUUUGGCAGGUCGAAUUAUAUUGUGCAUUAAAAGAACAUUUGUAUGAAAAAGCAAAUAUUUCAUUAAAA